AAAAAUGUCUGCCGAAGUUGCUAAUAAUCCUCCUGCUGAAAACAAGGUAGAAGAUACUACCGGCCCAACUGAAAACGAAAAUGAACCAGAGAAAAAUGAGAAUGUCGCCGAUACUGGUAACGCCCAAGAUGAUAACGCUGAGAAACAGGACGCCGCGGUGGAGGACACAAAGAAAGAAUCGGAAAAUGCAGUAGUCACGGCCAAAUCGGAACCUGCACCCAAGUGCAAUGUUCAUAAAACUAAUUUCGAAAAGGACAUGAUUUACCUUUACCAGUUCUCUAGAACGCCGUUAUUGCCAUCUUUAUCGCCAUACUGCCUUAAAGUGGAAACCUGGCUACGCCUUGCUGGGCUCAAAUACGAGAAUGUUGACCAUAAGAUGAGAUUCCGUUCCAAAAAGGGUCAGCUGCCUUUUAUCGAAUUAAAUGGCGAAGAAAUUGCGGAUUCGGCUAUAAUUAUUAAAGAAUUAUCAGCAAAGUACGGCAAAGAUUUAGAUUCUGGAUUAACCUCGGAACAGCGCAAUGUAUCAUAUGCCAUGAUAGCAAUGCUGGAGAAUCACUUGAUAUGGAUUAUAUUUUAUUGGCGAGCCAAAUUCCCUGAUAACGUUCUUAAGGGAUACAAAGUCAACUUGCAGCAUGCCUUAGGUUUGCGUUUGCCAAACUCCAUCUUGAACUUCUUCUUCAAGAUAACAUUUGGAAGAAAGUGGUUCCAGGGUACAAAAAAACUUAAAGCUCAUGGAAUCGGUGUCCACAGCUCGGAAGAAAUUGAAGAAUUUGGCAAAAAUGACCUGAAAGUACUUAGCGAAAUGUUGGACUGCAAACCUUUCUUCUUCGGAGAUGAGCCUACCACUCUUGAUGUUGUUGCAUUCGCAGUACUAUCACAACUUCAUUACUUGUCAAAAGAUGUGCAGUACGCACUGCGUGAUUUUAUGACUGAGAAAUGUCCCAAUCUUGUUGGUCAUGUUUCCCGCAUGAAAGAUAGAUGUUUCCCCGAUUGGGAUGAAAUAUGUACAAAGUUGGAUUUGAAUGCUCACAUACAGAAGCCAGAGCCAGAGAACAAGGAGGGCAAGGAAGGUGAGAUGGAAAAAUCAAAAGAACAGGAGAACGAAGUUGAUAAGAACGAAAAGGAACUAGAAAAAGAAAAGACAAACGAGAAAGAAAUUUCCGAAGAAAAUAAGGAGAAAGAGGAAUCGAAGUAA